UAAAUAUGAUGUUUCCAGCACCAACUUUAAUAUCAAGCAAAAGUUUGUUCCUAUUUUCCCAAUUUCAAAUAUGAUCUCGAGAAUGCCUUUAUAGCGUAAAAGUAUAAAAAUCGAACAUCAUUCCAAUUGAAGAAUAUCAAACCACCUAAAAUAUGGAAACAACUUUAAAGACUGAAAGAGAAGCUACCGAUGAGGAAGAUGCAUGCAAGACGGGUUCACCUGUGAAAACUGAGAAAGGAAUUGGCAGCUCUGACACCAUACCCGCAGCUUUGUCCAUAAAAAUGGAGAGAGAAAGUGACGGUAAUGACAACCAAGGCGAGGAAAGCAUUAAUCCUGUAGAUAAAAUCACUUCGCUGAAAACUUUAGGUCCAUUUAUUGCCUCAAAGGAUAAUACUCGCAACACUCGGUACAUAUCGGAUGUGCCAGAGAUUUGCCUUCGUGAACCCUGCAUGUUAGGGGUAGAUGAAGCGGGCCGAGGGCCUGUUUUAGGUCCUAUGGUAUAUGGAAUCGCCUAUUGCCCACUAAAUAGCAAGCAAAUCUUAACAGAUCUGGGUUGCGCGGAUUCGAAAGAAUUAACAGAAGAGAAGCGUGAUGUAAUUUUUGACAACAUCAAUACUCAACCUUAUGCUUGCAGCUGCAUUGGAUGGGCGGUCGAAAUUAUAUCACCGAAUGUAAUCAGCAACAAUAUGUUAGGACGAAAGAAAUGUUCACUAAAUGAAAUAUCGAUGACUGCCGCAAUUGAUUUAAUACAUGCUGCUUUAGAAGCGGGAGUUAAUAUCGCUGAAGUCUACGUAGACACAGUCGGGCCUCCUGAAAAAUAUCAAGAAAAGCUACAAAAAAUUUUCCCUCAGUUCCAAAUCACGGUGGCUAAAAAAGCUGACUCUACCUUUCCCAUAGUAUCAGCGGCUAGUAUAUGUGCCAAGGUGACCCGAGAUCACUCUUUGAAAGUUUGGCAAUUUCCUGAAGGCUUGAAUUUGACUUCUAAGGAUUUUGGUAGUGGUUACCCAGGCGAUCCAAUCACUCGUAAAUUUUUAUCAGAAAACGUUAAUUACAUCUUUGGCUUUCCGCGCAUUGUACGUUUUAGUUGGUCUACUGCCGAGAACGCACUGAGUGAAACCGCUUGCCUUGUAGAAUUUGACGAACCCGAUUCGGAAAAACCGAAAUACGCAGGACCCAAAUUAACAAAGUUUUUCCAAAGCACAAGGAAAAAUGGUGAGGUCCAGCGAGAACAAUGCCGAUUACUAAAAGAACGCUUCCUCGACAGUGUUGUAGAUUUUUAGGAAACAUUUAAUUUAUUUCCAUA